UGUCAGCCGUCUGACAGACGCACGCUCGGUUAACUGGUGUGUUCACGUGGCUGAUCAAACAUGGAAUUAUUGGGUCGAUAUCUGGACAGGAGCAAUUCAAUUAGCUCUGUCAUGACUCAAGACGGCAUCAAAGAGGAGAACCUGAGAGACGACCUGAAGUAUUACUUCAUGAGCCCGUGUGAGAAGUACCGGGCCAGGCGGCACAUACCCUGGAAGCUUGGGGUGCAGAUUCUGAAAAUCAUCAUGAUCACCACACAACUCGUCCUGUUCGGCCUCAACAACCAGCUGGUGGUGUCCUAUAAGGAGGAGAACACGAUGGCCCUCAAACACCUCUUCCUGAAGGACUACAGCGGGGUGGACGAGGACGACUACAGCGUUGCUGUGUACACGCAGCACGAUGUCCACGACAGUCUGUCCUAUGUGCUGGAUCAGUACAGUCAGCUGGGCCGGAUCUCUGUGGGUCCCAUCAGCUACGCUGAGGACGAAGACAGGGAGCCGCUGCCUAUCGUCAUCUGUAAGGAGUACUACAGCAGGGGCAGUGUGGAGCCCUCAAAUGAGGUUUAUGACAUAAGCGCUCAGCUGGAGACAGAAUGUUUGUCACUCGCCCCAAAGGCUGCAAACCAAUGGAAAACCCAUAAUUCAUCCUUUUUUGAGCUGGACUUUUACAGGCUGGUUGACAUCAAAGUAACCUUCCAGCUGAACGGGAUCAACCUGCAGACAGUGCGUUUACGGGAGUUACCAGACUGCUACGCUUUCUACAUCACGAUAACAUUUGACAACCAGUGUCACAGCGGAAAGGUGAAAAUAUUCCUGGACAUGGACUCUGUGAGCAGCGCAUGUCGAGACUGGAAGAUAUCAGGGACGGCUCAGAAGAACACACACUAUCUUCUGGUGUUUGACGGCUUCGUCAUUCUUGUUUGCGUCACGUCAGCCGUGCUGUGCACCCGCUCCAUCGUACUGGCUGUCAGGCUGCUCCAGAGAUUCUCCAGGUUCUUGCAUGAGAACUACAACCGUAAAGUGUGUGAGGAUGACCAGGGUGAGUUUCUGAAUGGCUGGUAUGUGCUGGUCAUUGUCAGCGAUCUCUUGGCCAUAGUUGGAUCCAUACUGAAGAUGGAAAUACAAGCAAAGAGUCUCACCAGUUAUGACGUGUGCAGUAUCUUCCUGGGAACGUCCACGUUAAUGGUUUGGGUCGGGGUGAUCAGGUACCUGGGAUACUUCCAGAAAUACAAUGUGUUAAUCUUAACCAUGAAAGCAGCCUUCCCCAAAGUCCUGCGCUUCUGCUGCUGUGCCGGCAUGAUCUACCUCGGCUACACCUUCUGCGGGUGGAUCGUACUGGGACCAUACCACGAGAAGUUUGAGGGCCUGAGUCUUGUGGCGGAGUGUCUGUUCUCCCUGGUGAACGGCGACGACAUGUUUACCACCUUCGCUCAGCUGAAGGACAAAAACACUUUGGUGUGGCUCUUCAGCCGGGCUUACCUCUACUCCUUCAUCUCCCUGUUCAUCUACAUGGUGCUGUCGCUCUUCAUCGCCCUCAUCACUGACGCCUACGAGACCAUCAAGAACUACCAAAAGGACGGAUUCCCGCUGACGGACCUGCAGAAGUUCCUCAGAGAGCAGAAAGAUUAUUCUGCUGCAGAGGAGGGCAGUCAGACAGACGUUAAUGUCAGGCAGUCUGCGUUCUGCUGCUGCCGACGAGCUCCUGAAAACGACGAUGUCAUCCUGAUCAGCUGACAGCUGUCCCACUGGUUCAGGGAGGUGGAGGACGCUGGAAACAGGACUUCUCACGUCUGAUAAAGAUGCAGUGACUCAGUGAUCGGUGCUGAUCCAGGAGAAAGAUUCUGUGAAGUGCAAUAUGAAACACCGAACAAGUUCCCUCUGUCGGACAUGAAAGUGCAGCUCGAGCUUAAGAACUGGAACAGAAAGGUUUCGUGACAGUUAUCCGUUGGAGCUCAGGGUGCUGGUGAGAAGUUUACAGGGCCUUCUUAAGGUCUGCACAUGCAUUUCGUUGCCAAAGAACUGGAUUCAGUGUUUUGUGCAUUUCACUGCUGGUGCAAACACUGGUGCUAUGCAACAUUGUGCAAGUACUAAAUGUAAUUUAUUUGUCCAAUGUUGUCGUAAAGAUUGCAGUAAAGCUAAUUUUUUUAAUUGGA